AUGUCGAUUGCGCCGUCUUCGUCCGUUGAGCGAUCUCCUCGCGCCAAGCCGCGGCCAGCAGCCAUGACCGUGGCGGCUUCUGCUGCGUCGACGCCGGCGGCCGACAUUCCGAGAUUCCGCCCUCGCGCCUGCGCCCGCUGCAGCACAUCGAAGCUCAAGUGCAACUGGGUGUCUGAACCUGGAGAGGCGCCUUGCGAGAGAUGUGCCAAGAGCAAGACACAAUGUGUGCUCCCGAGUCUGAAGCCCCGCGGACCCCGACGGGGUAACCCAACCCGUGUGGGGCAGCUGGAGCAGAAGAUCGACGGGAUCAUGUCGCUGCUGACAGCCAGCCAGCAGAUCCAAAAGGGAUCGUCUCCUUCGGCACAACCACAACCACGGGCGCCGUCGACGCCAUCCGACGAUCCGGAUGUCCGAGAUCCACACAUAGUGGGUCCGGCGCUCUCGUCGCCCCAUUCGCCCGAAUCUAGUCUUCCGCAGUACGACUCCACGGCCACGCAGCCACUGACUCCAAGCACCCCGGCCGCUUCGGCCACUACCCCGUCCAUGUCGCGGGACUCGAUGUCGGCCAUCACGGCCGGAGGGCCACAGAGCACGCCGUCAUGCUCGCAUCAGCAGCAUUUGUUGCAGCAACAACAACGACAACUACAACAACAACAACAGCAGCAGCAGCAGCAGCAACCGCUGCCACCCGCAUCGCUCGUACGGGUACCCCCUCUCGAGCACGUUGAGAUCGUCCCGGGGCUCAAGAUCACGUUCCACGACGCUGAGAUCGCGUUGGCAGACUAUCGCCGCCUCUACAGCCCCUACUUCCCCUUUGUCCCGCUGGCCUACAACGUACCGGCCCAUGAGUUGUACCACACACAGCCGCUGCUUUUCCGCAUCCUGGUCCAGGUGGUCCUGCCCCAGUCACCGCAGAUGCAGCGUGAUACCCGGCGCUGGAUCCGCGAACAGUUGGCCCACCACAUUGUCGUACAGGAGGAAAAACACAUUGGCCUGCUGCAGGCCAUUCUCGUUCACCUCGGCUGGAUAGAUUUGGCUUACUAUAUGGAGCCCAACACGACGCCAGUGCUACAGCUGGCCAUCGGGCUCGUUGUCGACCUGGGCCUGCAGAGGGCACCGACGAUGAUGCGGUUGAUGCCGGCCAAUUUUGUCAACGACGCCGUGAACACGCUCAAGGGCAAGAGCUUCGGCCCGAAAGAGCAUAGCCUAGACGAGAUGCUUCUCUUCCGGCGGACCCAAGCCUUGCCGUUCAGCACAUACCUGGACCACUGCUGUCGCGUACUGCUGGACGCGCACGAGCACGAGUCGGACGCGUUCCUCGUGGUCAUCGUGCGGCUGCAGCAGAUCGCUCACCGCAUCUACGUUGUGCUGCCUAACCCUGACAGCGACCCGCGAUUGGCCUCCGGUGGCUGUGCGGCCAUGUUCAUGUCCAUCGCGGUUCUUCGACGGGAUCUGGACGCGCUGAUACACAGUCAGCCUAUGGAGGUGAAAAACAACUUCUUCUUGCGGACAAACUACCACGCCAUCGUCUCGCGACUGUACGAGCCGGCUAUCUACAUGCGGGCGUCCGGCAGGACACCGGCCAACACGAUAGACCCGGCCGACGCAGCCGAGCGCACGGCGUGCCUGUGGAACUGCCUUCAGGCGCUACGCGACUUCUUCGAGGCACAGGCUAGCAUCCCGAUCGACAUUUUGGGCAGGCUGCCGUUCUCGGCAGCGACGCAUCUCGCCUUUGCCGUUGCCACUUCCAUGCGGCUGCUCUUUUUGCUGGACGACCCAGAUUGGGACGUGGUGCGGGCACGGCGCAGCCUGGACUUUGUCGCCAUCACCUUGCGUCUGGAAGAGCACUUCCAGGCGGCAGAGGACUUUGAGGAUGCCCCGGCCAACACCCAAGGCCUCGGCCGCAAGAAGCGCUACCUUUCGGACGACAACCGCGCCGUGCUAGCCAUUUUCCGCGACAAGAUGCGCUGGAUUCGCCUGUGGUACGCGUCCAGGCUACCGAUGGAACAGCGCGGCAUGACGGAUGCGGCAGCCACAUCUACGGCCACCGGCACGGCUACGCCCAUGUCGGCCGCCGGGACCUCGGACGUGGCCGGGGUCCCGUCACUGCUGCCCAUGCCGUCAUUUCUGCCCCCGCGCCCACAUACCGGGCAGCAACAAGGCAGCUUCAUGGACGUGGACGGCCUCGGGGCUGUCAGCUCGUCCGACGAAUAUGACCUUAUGUUCUGGCAGUCCAUCUUCACUCACCUGGACCCGCUAUGGCUGAUCAUGGCGACGCUCCUAAACUGGUACCACAUCCCGCAGAACUCCUCUACCCUCGAAAGCUCCGGUGUGCCGCCCGUAUGUUCUAAGCUCUGCCGUAGUGCUGUCGGUGAGAUCGUGUUACGUCUGGAAAACGGCAGUGGUGGCAGCGGGAGCGACUAG